UUUCACACCGGGUUUCCUUCUUUUCAUCUCCCAGUCCAAAUACAGAAACCCCGAACUGACCGGAGUGCGUCUGCUCACGGGGAAUCAAUAUCACCUCCCACCUUCCGGUAUCACACGACACCACCAGCAGCAUUUUUUUUUCGUUUGCACCCACGAGAGCCGUCGUCAUCUGAUUUGCAAUGUCCGAUUUCCCUGACGCCCCGAAUACAGCCCCUGCUGGCAACGGUUCCUACGCCCAAGCUACCAAAGACAAAGCUGCCGCCACCUACGACAGCCUUUCUAACGGCCCCAUGGCUCAGAACUUCCAAGAUGAGUCGGCGAAGGCCUCGAACGAGAUCAACAAUCUCGUGGCCUCUCGCAAGACACCCGAAUACCGUGCCGCCACUGGCCAGCCUCUGACCCAUUACCACUCGUUCUUCUCUGAACUCCUCUCUUGGAAGAACCCUCGCGCCUCCGCUAUCGCAUAUGUAUCCAUCGUCUCCGCCAUCGUUGCCGCCCGAUAUCUUGACCUCCUCCGAUAUGGCUUCAAGCUGACCUGGAUGGCCCUUGCCACCACCGUCGCCGCCGAGCUGACGGGCAAGGUCCUUUUGAACAACGGUCUGACUAGCCAGCUUCGCCCUCGUAGCUACUAUACUCUGUCGAAGGAGACGCUCGAUGCCGCCAUAGGAGACGUUCAUGAGCUGGUCAACUUCUUCGUUAUUGAAGCCCAGCGUAUUCUUUUCGCCGAGAACGUCGGCGCUUCGGCUGCUGCAUGCGUGGGCGCUUUCCUCUCGUACCAUCUCGUCAAGAUCAUGCCUCUUUGGGGUCUCGCUCUCACUGCUGUCACCGCCCUGUUUCUGGUGCCCCUUGUCUAUACCUCCAACCAGGAGCUCAUCGACAAUCAGCUGAAGAAUGCCAGCCACGUAAUCAGCGAGCAGACCCAGCAAUUCCGCUCUAUUGCCAGCCAGCAGACCGCCCACGCCACCGACCUGACCAAGCAAUAUAUGGGUGACUACAGCGCCAAGGCUCAGGAGCUUCUCGGUCGCCGCUCCGCCUCUCCCGAGGCCGUCCCUAAGCCUGCCCCUGCUCAGUCUACCGCCGACGUUGAGGAGGUCGACUUUCCCGCCCCUCCCACCGAAGAGCCGAAGGUGAACGAGGCCAAGCUCGAAACCACUGUGUUUACUGAGCCCGGUGCCACGGAGAAGGAGCCCCUCCUUGCUUAAGCAACCCAUGCUGUCUCAGUAAUGCCGCAUAUUCGCAGCGCAGCAUGCUUUGCUCCUCAGGAGUCCCGGCCGACUUUUCCUUCUACCCCAUUAAUAUAGCGACGGCAACGAAUUCACAACAAAUGAAGCACGACGGGCUCGGUGGCGAGUCUCGAUUCGCU